GUUAGGAUAUCCUUCUACUUCCAUAUCUACUUUUCGACAUUUUUCCAACACACCUAUUCUUUCUCUUAUGCUAUUCGUCACCUUCAUGAACAUUUUCUUUAGUGAAUUUAAAACCAAAUCAAACAAAUAAACCAAGUGCAACAGAUAAUUAUUUUAGUUUAUUAUCAAAUGAACAUGAACAUAAAAUAAAAAUGCGUGAAAUGUAUUCACGUGUUGCACAAGAUAUGGGAAUGUUUCAUUAUCCACUUCAUAUUGCUAUUAAACAAGAUUUUAUUCAAUUAGUUAAACUUAUUCUUAAUUAUAAACAAUUAUUUAAUAUGAAAAUAGAAGAAACUUGUACAAAACGAACAGCAUUACAUAUUGUUGCUGGAAAAUGUCAAGUUGAAGAAAAUCAAUUAGAUUUAAAUGGUCAUACACCAUUAGAUAUUGUUUGGAAAUUACUUAAUAAUUUAGAUUAUGAAUUUGAAUAUAGAGAAGAGACUUUAAAAUUAAUGUUAAGUCAUAAAUAUAAAUUUUCAUCACUUAAAUCAUUAACAGAAUUUUAUACAAAUUCAAAUCGAAAUUAUCAAGAUACAGUUAUGGAAGAUGAUGAAUUUGAUAGACAUUAUACUGGUAGUAUUCUUAGAAAUUUAAUUCAUGUUAUGUAUGACAAUGAACAAUUAACAUUAACAAAUCAUGAACUUAUUGUUGAAUUAUUUACGGAAGAUUUAGGAAGUUAUUUUGAUAAAGCAACAGAUGAAAUUGAUAUAAUAACAACCAUACUUUCAACACCAUUAAAAUUAAAACAAGGUGGUCGAAAUCGAAUACUUAAACGUCUUUGUUCUUCUUAA